AUGCUCGAAGAACAAUCAACAGAAAACGAAGAAUUCAUUCCGAUGAUUAAAUGUGAAGGCAUUCAUGAUGUUCCUGAUGUGAUUCCAGAGAUAAUUGUGCAUCGAUAUGAAAUCCAUCACACCAUCGAGGAAAAUCAUACACCAACUUCAUUAAAUUUUGUGAAUAAUAAUCGUGAUGAAAAAGUGGAAAAUUCAAUUCAAGUGCUAGAACACUCGGAUCCAUACUUUUGGUUUCGGGAGAAGGAGAAGGUGAUGGAUUAUAUUAAAAGUGAAAAUACCUAUCAGAAAACCAAGAUGAAACCAUUGAAAAAGUUGCAGGACAAGAUUUUCAAUGAAAUUAAGAAUAAGAUUCAACAAAAUAAUGCAUCAGUUCCAUAUAUUUGGAAGGAUUACUAUUAUUAUUCGAGGAUUCAAGAAGAUAAACAGUAUAAAAUCUAUUGUAGAAAAUCAGCAAUGGAAAAAGAUGCAAAGGAGGAAAUUCUAUUGGAUUUGAAUCAAAUUGCACAAGAAUUCGAAACAGAGUAUUUGGAUUUGGGUUUUUAUGAUAUUUCACCUGAUCAAAAUAUUAUGGCAUACUCAAUUGAUGUAGAUGGUGAUGAAUAUUAUGAAAUGUACUUUAAAGAUUUGAAGAGUGGAAAGAUUAUUGCUGAAUAUAUUUCAAGAGAUGAAUGUUUGGAUACUAGUUUUGAGUUUGGAACAGAUUCUAGAACAAUUAUAUUUGUGACAUGUGAUGAAGCUCAUAGACCUUAUAAAGUCUAUAGAAAAACUUUGAAUGUUGAGGAACAAGUUGAUAAUAUUGAGGAUUGCAAAAGAAUUUCAUUGGAGAAUGAAUGUGAAAUGGUGUAUUGUGACAUGAAUGAAAAAUUCAAUGUGGCUGCUUACAAGACUUUGACAGAUGAAUUUAUUUUUAUUGAAUCCAUUUCGAAUAAUACUUGUGAAUAUAGAUAUUUGAGAGUAGAUGAGUUACCGAGUGGUGAAUUUAAAUUAUUUGCCAACAGGGAAAGAAAGGAAGGUAUUGAACUUUACAUUACUCACCACAAAGACCAUUUCUACUUUUGGCAUAAUGAUGAAGGAUUUGUAAAUUUCAAAUUAUUCAAGACAACUGUAGAGAAUCCAGAUCUUGACAAUGCUCCAGAAUUUCUUCCUUACAAUCCAGAUUUUUACAUUGAAAGUUUGGUAGCGUUUGAAAAUCAUUUAGCCAUGUUUGGAAGAAGUGAAGGUGUUCCAAAAUUAGUAAUUUUAGAUCCUAAUGGUGAAAAACAACCAAAAGAAGUGGAAUUCCCAGAACCUUCAUACGAUUUAGGAGAAUCUGAAAACUACAUUUAUGAAAGCAAUCUCAUUCGUUUGACCUACUCAUCCUUCCUGACACCAGAAACAACCUAUGAAUAUAAUAUGGACACUCACGAAUUUAAAAUCCUCAAACAAGAGAAAGUUUUGGGAGAUUUCGACAAGAAUAAUUAUGUGCAGAAGAAAUUAAUGGUUCCUUCUAGAGAUGGAAAAGCUAAAAUACCACUCCACAUCCUUUACAAAAAGAGUUCAAUUAAUGGAGAUAUUGAACUCGAUGGUUCACAUCCAUUACUUCUCUAUGGCUAUGGAGCUUACUCCAUAUGCAAUGAUGCCUCCUUUUCCUACUCUAUUUUCAGUUUAUUAGAUCGAGGUGUCAUUUAUGCAGUUUCUUCUGUUCGAGGUGGUUCAGAAUUGGGUAGAGAUUGGUACCUCCAAGGAAAACUUCUCAAUAAGAAGAAUACCUUCUAUGAUUUCAUUGACAGUGCAGAAUAUUUAAUUCAACAAGGAUGGACUAAUCCAGGAAAACUUGCAAUUGAGGGUGGAUCUGCAGGUGGUCUAUUAAUUGGAUCUGUCUUGUGUAUGAGACCUGAAAUUUUCAGGGCUGCCAUUCUGGAGGUUCCAUUCGUUGAUUUAAUUUCCUCAAUGAUGGAUCCAAGUAUGCCUCUCUGCUGUACUGAGUAUGAUGAAUGGGGAAAUCCAACAAUUAAGAAAUUUUACGAUUACAUGAUUCAAUAUAGUCCAUAUGAUAAUAUUGAUUGUGAGGAGAAUGUGAAUAAGCCAUUCCCUUCGAUAUUGGUGGAUCAUGCACUGAAUGAUUCAAGAGUUCAAUAUUGGGAAGGUUUAAAAUUUGUGGCCCGUUUGAGACAUUUUCAAAAAACACAUUCGAAACCUGGACUCAUUCUCUGUAAAACAAAUAUGAAACAAGGACAUGGAGGAGCAGCUCAGAGAUAUGAAGGUUAUAAGGAAUUAGCUUUUCGUUUUGCAUUCAUUCUUAGUCAAAUUCAAUAA